CCUAGCCCAGGAACUUUCACAUGCAGUGAGUGUGGCCAAAAUAGAAAUUAGUGCAGCAAAGAAGGGUAGCAGGAACUGGACAGAGGGUAGCCUUAAGCCACAUGACACUUGUGUGAAUGAACCAGAGUAGCAGUAGAUUCAGCAAGGCACACAGCUGUGAAAAAUAGUGCAAGGGCAGAAUCACAUGGAAUUUUAGAAACAGGUAACCUAACUGUGUUACUGUAUGUGGGGUGGUUACAAGUUAUAUAGCGCAGGCGUUCUGUGUGCAGUGUCAACGUCUGCAUGGCUGUGUGUUGAUGCUUUCAUUCAUUCUUCAAGGGAAUAUACCAGUUUGACGAAGUUGUCUAGGAAGGGGAUGUUCAGGUCAAGAUAUUUGUAGCAUUUUGGAGUUUGAGCUCAAGUGGUAGAAGGAAUGCUUUCCAGUGCAGAAGUCUGGUUAAGACUGGGCAAACUUAGUAAUGUAGAUUAGGUCUUAAAGCAAGUCUUGAUAAGAAAACUGUUGACCAGCAGCAAGGGACCUCUUUGCCCAGGGAAGUAAUCUUUUCUGAUAGAACUCUUUGCCCAAAGGAGCAAGCAGUUCAGUUGAUUAAUUGUUCUUAAGAAUUUCCUGAUGGAAACAGUGAAGUUAUUUAUUGUUGUAGUGCUUUAUCUUGCCUAGGAUAAACAAUCUGUCCCAGUUUGCCAGGCACCAAGGGGGUCCUUGAGAUGCAGGACUUUACAUUUUAAAACAAGAACAACAAUUUAGUUAACUGUGAUUUUGAAAACCAUUUUUUAACAGAAAGUAUGGUAGGUUGAAUAACAUCCCCUGCCCCCACACCACCCCAGAGAGCUUGGAUCCUCAUCCCUUGAACCUGUGAAUAUGUUACAUUAUAUGGCAAAGAGACUUGACUGAUGUGAUUAAGUUAAGGACUUUGAGAUGGGGAGAUUAUCCCUUAUUAUGUGUGGGGCCUGAUGUAAUUAUAAAGGUUCCUAUAAGAGGGAGGCAACAUCACCAUGCAAACAGGAGGAGAAAAGGCUAUGUUGAUGUGAGCUCCUGGGCCAACCAAUGUGAGUGGCCUCUGGAAGCUGGAAAAGACAAGGAAACAGGAACUCCCUGGAGCCUCUGAAAGGAACCAGCAGGCUGACACCUUAAUUUUUGCCCCAUAAGACUCAUUUUGGACUUCUCACCUUCAGAACUGCAAGUGAAUGAGUUUGUGUUGUUUUAAGCCACUAAAUAUGUGCUAAUUUGUUAUAGCAUCAAUAGGAAACUAAUACAGAAAGUAUCUGGGGAAUGAACAGCUGUAUCAUGCUCCCUUUUGUCAUGAUUUCUGGUUGCUUUUAUGAGCAAAGCUUGUCUUACCUAGCAACAGUUGCUAGGUAAGUUAGCAAUUUAAUCUAGAGUCCAGGAGGGAGCAACUCCAAAUUCAGUGCCCAGAUCUUCUAUGGCAGAGGCUUUCAGUAACUUUCUUUACCAUUAGGCACAUAGCCACUACCUAAUCAUGGCAAAUCAUGUAUUCCUUAUAAGCCUCUAGCAUCAUCCUCAAACCUUGAACCUCUUCCAGCUUUCUCAAACUUCUAGCUUUUUAAAAAACUUUUUUUAAUCCUAAGAGUGUUUUAACUGUACAUAGUAAAAGACAUCUUCAGUUUAAUUAUGAUCGGAAAUCCAAAUUACACAAGCUUUGUUUGCUGUGCUGUUUGUAAUAAAAUAAUUCCACCAGCCCCAUUUGGGGAAACCUUCAAGCGGAUCCAUGAAUACAAGCCAUUUAAGACACGCUUUUACACUCACAAGGACAUACUGGAUAUUGGGACAGAUAUUCUGAAUAAGGAAGAGCAGUUUCAGGAAGCUGUCCUCAAAGAACGGAUUGCAGAAGCAGAAGCUGACAUUUGGGCAAAGGCUGAUGAACGUCAGAGACAAGCAGUGAAGAAAGCCCUCGAUGAAGCAAAUGACAUGCACAAAAUGAAAAUUCAGAUUUUGAAAGAACAUCAUCAAAAAGACUUGCAGGACAUGGCAGCUAAAACCAAGAUCGAGUUGCAUCAAAACAUGGAGGACGAGCUGCAGCGCGAGCGCCUGGCUGCCGAGCAGCGCAUGGUCCACAGGAUCCAGAGGGUCAUGAUGGAGUGCCACCGCGAGAAGGUCCAGGCCGUGGAGGAAGCCCGGGCAGAGGAGAGGCGCAAGGCUCAGGAGGCCAUCCAGGCCCAGAGAAGAGAGGCCAUGGAAGAACUUUUGAGUGCUGGUGUCACAGUUAUGAAGGAUCAGAAGAAGAGUGUGAGCCAAAUGAUAAAGGAAAAAGAACAUGAAAUAAACAUCUACUAUAGCAUGGCUCAGCGGCAGAAGCAGGAAGAGGUUCAGGAAGUGCUUCAAGAAGCUGAGAAGACACACCAGGCCAAGCUUGGGAAUGUGAUGGAUAAACUGGUUAACACUCAGGGGGAGCUGCUGACCAUAGCGAAGCAACUGGGAAUUAUGACAAAUUGGAAAGAUUUCCUGGAGGAGGAGUUACAAGAAACGAGGGCAGCAUUUCAAAAAUACAUCAAUUACACAUUUCCUAAGCUCUCACCGGGACAGGCAGAUUUCAUGCUGCCAGAAAGAAAGAAAACACCUUCUAAUCUUAUUAUUCAGGAGAACGAAACCACUCUUAAUUAGAAGUCUUCAUCUGAAAUUUUACUACAAAAGCCAUUGUUCUAAAGACUAAAUAAAUUCACUCAAAAACCAUUUAUGGACCCCUGGUUAUAUGCAGGGUACUAUUGAGCUGUACGCACCUGAAUGGAAAACCAGAACAUUCAAAAGCACAUUCCAGGCUACAAUGAGUUCUCAGACUAACUGAGGAGGGAUAACAGUGAGAGGGGUCAAAACUGAUCAGGAGGGGAAGAAAUUUCUUGGAAGAAGUCUAGAGGAACUUCUAUAUCUGGCUUUACUCAUGUUUACAUCAGAUGUGUAACUAUUUUAAUAUCGGUUGCAGUUAAAGCCAAGUAAAGAGACUUGUGCUCAAAUUGUUCCCAUGGUUGGAGGGGUGUGCCGAUUUCCAGUACUUACAGUAAUCCAAUCUGGAGAUUAUUAUUUGGUGAACUGCAACAGCAUUGCAGGGGGAAAAAACAAAAGCACUAUUUCUCAAAUUCAAUAGGAUAAAGCUUAAACCCUGGGAACCCUAUAUAAAAAAUAAUUCAGAAAGAACUCACUUAUAUUUGCCAUUCGUGAGAGAAAAAUACGUCCUUAGAGGUCAAAUUCCCUGCCUUUAUGUUUAUACCCAAGCCCAGGAGUGCUCUGAACUCAUCUCCUUUGGGUCAGAAUGCAGAAAAGCAUUAGGUACCCCAAUGCUUGGGAUCAACACAUGUCAGCGUCUACUAAACUAAAAUGGAAAAGAAUCCAGGCCAUAAAGUCUUCUCCAAAAAAAAAAAAAAAUCUAUCCAUGUUAAUGUAACAACCUUAAUUUAUUAAUCA